AUGUUCUUAACGAUGCACACGUUACUGAACAGCGUAUCAGCUACUGUGAUGUACAUUCUGCGAUUCAAGGGUGAAGAAGGAGUGGGUAAUGAUCACAAAGUGUUUGACUCCCUGGAGGAUGCGAUGUUGAGUAAUAUUUUAGGUGAUUCUCAGGAAAAGGAAUGGAUUGAAAGCUUCUUUAUCCAGCCGUAUGACCGGGAAAGGGAUGAGUUACACCUUAUAAGCAAAGAUGUAUGCAAUGUUGCAGUUGAAGAUGAUACUGGUGAAACGUUGAAAGCAAAUGAAAAUGUGGAAGAAGGCAGUGAGCAAGAUUUGAAUCCCAUGAAAAAGGCAGAAAUAUACCAUGAGGAUCGGGUCGAUAUGCAAGGAGAUGGUUUUCAUUACAAAGAAAUUAAAGUGCCAGUGUCGCUGUCACUGUACACCAAGGUUUUGAAUCUGGCGCAAAGUUGCGAUGAACCACUAAGUGAUGAUGAAAUACACAACAUACUUCAUUUUCUUACAUCAAUGGACAACGUAUCGGUGAUUAUGUGUGUGCUGUACAGGCGUUUCUUAGGUGAUUGUACCCUAGCAAAUCGGCUUGAAAAGCAGCAUGCCGAGCGCGCUAAGGAGCAGUUAGAUGCUGGUAUUAUAGAGCAGGGAACGGUCGAUUGCCUAGCAUUCGAUAUAAAGACCGCUAUCCGAAACGUGUAUAACACGGUGAAGCGAAAGUAUAUUUUGUUUAUCAAGGACCAGCACGGUAAUGUGGCUUUAGGAACAAAAAAGCAGAAGAAUGAUGUAAGGUUGCCGCUGUACGUUUCCCUUGAAAAUGUUGGUUCAGACAUUCCAGGUGGUUUUCUGAAAAUGGAUUAUCAAUUUCUGAGGUAUAAUAAAGAAACGUUGCAUCGUUGGAUCAACACCCUAAGCGAAGAAAGUCCAGAAAUGACGGUUGAGGUUGACUUCAGCAACUUCUUCCGCGUUCAAACAUGCCCAUACGAGUACACCCGUGUUUCGGCAGGCGAACCAAACCCGACCAUCCUAAAAGAUUUCUACGGAGAGAUCAUAUGCGGUUUCAUUUUGCACAAGAAGAUCACAAAGGUAAUCUUAAGGCUGAGUAACACAAGUUACGAUUUUAAUCUUGGAUUUUUAAACGGUAAAAAGCUUGAACUGUGGUGUUAUGAUUGUAGUUUUGACAAAACAUCGAUAUUCCCAGAAUUCGUGAGCCUGUUAUCGAUCAACGACUCCUUGCUAAAAACAUCGUUGGUACUACCACCUCUCUUGAAGAAACUAUAUGUCGGGAAUUGUCGGCAUGAAAAUGAUGCGGUGGAGCUGCAUGUUGGCUCGGCAUGCAAAUACAUUGACAUUAAUUAUCACAAUGGUUUGGUAAAGAUUGCUGAUAUGGUAGAUUGGAAUACGCUCAUGCUUCCGUUGAAAUGUCAAUUUUCGGUGAUCAUAAAAAAGGACCAAGAAAACCGUUUUAAGCAAAUAAAAGUGAAAAACGCUAGGGUUAUCAAUAAUUGGGACAUAAGCAAUACGGUAGCGAGUCUUCAUUUGGAAGAUGUUGAUGUUUCUGAUUCGCAUUUUGUCAAUAUUUCUUCAAACUGUAAAUCAGUUGUUAUACGUCAUUGUGUAGGAUUUUUUAGGCUUUCAGGGAUCGAUGAUGUUAAUUUCGCUAGUUAUAGCGGGUCAUUGGAGUAUGUAAAGGAUGUUCACGGUAGAAUGCGCGAAUUGCUAGCAUCUAACCUUGUAAUCGACCACAACAAAUCGUUUAAGUCAAGUUUAAGAACAAUACGUCUUUCCAAUAUUGAAUUGACUGCCGGUGCGGUAAUUUCAUUUGAAAGAAAUGAUGAAAUCACAGAGAUGGUAUGUGAGGGAUGUAUAGGCCGAUUCUACUUCUCGGGCGUCGUUGCGGGCAUAGGACACGUUUCAUUCACAGAAGUUAACGGUUGUUUUGAACUUAAGAGAAGUGUACGCGAGAAUAAACUUCGGUUGAAGAUUGCCAACGUUGUUUUAGAUGAAGACCUCGUUUUGGAUGAUUCUGUCGAUGAAAUUAUUCUAGAAAACGUUGUUGUUGGGACGGGAUCUCGAUUUAAAAUGUGUAACCUGGCGAAGAAAAUAAUCAUUGAUAGAUGUGAAGGUGAAUUUAUCAUUCAUGGCCUCAAGACCGAAGAAGGGACAGGCAUAAAGUUAAACAACUCCUCGAGCAGCAUACACCUGUCUAAAGUGGACAACAAUAAACAUUCGCUAUACAUGGCAAAUAUCGUACUAACAAGGAUGAUAUCGGUUGAAUAUGCGGUCUAUACUGCCGUUUUGAAGAAUGUUCGAAUAGUGGAUCAGCAGAGUAUAGUGUUCGAGAAAAAAUGCGAGCGGCUCACGUUAGAUAAUUGCGAUAUGGUGGUUCGGAAAGAGAAGAACAAUAUUUUUAGGGAGCUGUGUCUGCGCAUGUUAGUAUCUGACGUGGCACAUUACUAUUUCUCAACGGAUGCCGAAGAACUAACUGCACGUGAUAUCGAAUUGCGCAGUGACGUGCACAUAUCGCGAAAUAUAAAGGCUAUUGGCCUGGACCGUGUAUCGAUGUCGAACGACACAUGCUUCGUGAUCGAGGGAGAUCCUAAUUUAGUGUCUUUACAAGAAUGCAAUGGUCGUUUCAAUUUACCGUUUUUAACCGAGGCUCGGCAUGAAAAUGUUCUACAUCUCAAUGGCAAGCAGCCAUCGAUCUGUUUCUUCCAAAGUAAAUUGUUCGCUAACAGUUAUAUCCUGGUCAUAAAGGACUGUGAAAUGCAAAAUACGGCACAUAUCCGGAACGAUAUUAAGUGUUUGACUCUAUCAUGCAUUACCGGAGGCUUUGGUAUGAAGGUGAGAGCUAGCGAUUGCUGUAUGCGUCUUGUGGUUGACAACUGUGAAGUCGGAACUACGUUAGCAAAUUAUUUAUUUAUCACAUCACUCGUGAUGAAACGGUCAUUUUUUGUUCAAGAUAUAAGCAGCUUCGUGAAUUUGCAGGCACUUCAUCUUGCUGAUAUUUAUUUGCAACGGAAUUUUACGCUUAACAAGCAUCUUAAAGUGUUUGAAAUAACAAAUAGUCUAUUCCAGGGAGAUUACGUCUUGAAGUUGAACAGCGAGAUUGAAAAUUUGCGCAUCGUACGUUUUUCUGGUGUGGUUGAUGUGAGCGAGGUCAUUAAUAUGGAGGAGAUGAAUUUGCAUGGCACUGAAACAUUCACCAUAAAACGGAUGAAGAAUUCAAACGAUAUCUUUCUAGGCAUGCGUAACAUGGCGGUUAAAAAAACUUUGAAGAUUGACCCUCGGGUCAAGUACUUGGAACUAAUUGAAGUCACGAUUGAGGAGAAUACUAAGCUUAAAGUCGGCGGACUAUGUGAGUCACUACGAUUAGUCGACUGUGUUGGGCGAUUCGAUCUGUCCAGUGCAACUUCCCUUACCAUUAUUGAUAUCGAGGGUGUUGCGGUUGGAUGGAUCAAUUUUUUAGCACCAGUUGUUAAGAGUAAACGUGAAACAAUUUUUGAGCGGUUAUUUCCACAGUCCAUAAAGAGAUUUCCUGGGAGCUUGAGAUCGGUUAAAUUGGUAUCACAGGUGGUUGAACAAGACGUAUGGUUGGCAUGUGACAACGAAUGUGAGAGAGUUUCGCUGAUCAAUUGUGCGGGUCUUUUUGAUUUAUCUGAGAUUACGAGACUGAAAAAAUUUGUUUACCAGCCACAAGCAAUAUCAAAUAAUUCGAUGAUCAAAUUUCCAGAUCUUAAUGGCGUAGAAGAGCUAGUACUAGUUUAUAAUGGUAAUACCAGAUAUUUUCAAUCGCUGUUAGUGAUGUGCCAUAACGUAAAGAAGCUUACUCUGUAUUCUCAUAAAUCACCUAAUUCUGGUAUUAGGCUCGAAGACUUGGUUGUAGGUAAUUUGACGAUUCCCGAAAGAGAAUUGCAAUAUUUUAGUCAGGACGAUAUAUCAAAGGUUAUUUGUAAAUCUUCUCAAGAAGAUGGCCAUUUUUUGGAGAAGCUCUUAAACGAGACCAUGAACAUUCUGAUCGAGCCUAUCUUCACUAGCAGAAGCGAGAACACUCUGGAGCACCUUCUACUACAUGGAUUUAGGCCAUCCAUACGGAACAUGAAUGCGAUACGCGAUUUUGUCGUGCUGAGUGUUCUUGCAAUCGACUACGAAUACAUUGACGAUGAGCUGCUCGAACAUCUACCAAGAAACCUCAAAACUCUGGUGGCUCUAAAAGGACGAGGUUCGUCUUUCGCGUGUCGCAAAUUGUGUUGUUCGACCAAGCGAGAUAACGCGGUUGGUUUUCGCAAGCACAGGUCCUUAAAAACAUUUGCGGUAGAAACGGAGUUCUUCACUAACACGGGCAACUUCUUCAAUUUACCGGAGACACUCGAAUGCUUGAAGGUUACCUAUACCGAUGCGCCACCAAAAGUUGAAAUACCGGGUUUUUCAAAGUUAAGGUUGAAACGCUUGGUUAUAAUUGAGUUAGAUGAACCUGAAAAUGAUCCUUUCUUUAUUGAAAAUCAAGGUAUGAGCACGGUUCGUUACAUAAGGCUUAUGUACUUUCUUUCGAGUUUUAUCGAUCUGCGUUCAAUUGACGAGUUGGUGGUUGAGAAAGGUGACGAAACGGUCGUGUUAUGCACCAAAAAUAUUUAAGUAAAGG